AUGGCAUCGGCAGAAAAGGAUAUAGCUCGCGAUAUGGGCUCUGACAUACCCUAUCCUUCUGAGAAAGAGCCAGAGACAGCUCACACUCCGAAAGAUGUCGCUGACGCUCCUGAAAAUUCGGAUCAUGAUUCCCUCGAUCAAGAGGCUCAAGCUGGUGUGAAGGGAGUGCAGGCCGCGGCAGCCGUGUGGUCCAAGUCUCAUUUGAUCCUGGCAUAUGCGAUUAUUUGGUUUAUCUAUUUUGUUACAUCAAUUCAGGAGGUCGUCAUCCGUUCUCUAAACCCCUACGUCACUAGUGCUUUCAUGCUCCAUUCUUUGACAGCUGCCACGAGUAUCAUGGCCAAUAUCAUUGGUGGCCUGAGCAAAAUUCCCUUGGCAAAGAUAUUGGAUUCAUGGGGUCGGCCUCAGGGUAUGAGUUUGAUGUUGUUCAUCUGGGUUGUGGGAUUCAUCAUGAUGGCGGCUUGCAACAACGUUCAGACAUACGCAGCUGCGCAAGUUUUCUCUUCCGUCGGAUCCCAAGGCGUCAGCUAUUGUUUGACAGUUUUCAUUUCCGAUACCUCAGCAUUGAAAAAUCGAGCUCUCAUGUUGUCCUUUGCGACCUCGCCAUACAUUAUCACAACCUGGAUUGGAGGACCAAUCUCUCAGAGUGUCCUCGAAGGACCCGGCUGGCGAUGGGGAUUCGGAAUAUUCACAAUUUUCGUUCCGCUCGUGGUGGCUCCUCUGUGUAUCCUGUUCUUCUGGAAUCAGAGAAAGGCCAAGAAGAUGGGUUUGCUCGCGCCCAGCCGUGGUCCGCUCACAUUGUCUACAGUCAAGCAAUACUGUAUAGACGUUGACUUGAUCGGAAUCAUUCUUCUGGCUGGCGGAAUGGCCUUGUUCCUUCUUCCAUUUAGUCUCUGGUCAUACCAAAAGGACCUAUGGCGCUCCGCGAUGAUUAUCUGCAUGAUCAUUUUUGGAGGAAUUUUGCUCAUCGUAUUCGCUAUCUACGAGAGAUUCUGGGCCCCAGUGACCUUCAUCCCAUUCAACCUGCUGAUGGACCGAACCGUUUUCUUCGGCGGAUUGAUGUUCAUCUUUGAAUUUAUGAACUCGAUGAUCUGGGGUAGUUACUUCUCAUCAAUGCUCCAGGUCGUCUGGGGUCUGGACGUCACAGAAGCCAGCUAUGUUUCAGCCAUUUACAGAGUCGGAUCCUGCCUCUUCUGUCUCCUCGUCGGUUUCCUGAUCCGCUGGACUGGUCGCUUUAAAUGGCUGGCCGUUUACUUCUCUUUCCCUCUCAUGAUCCUAGGUGUUGGUCUCAUGAUCAAAUUCCGCCAGCCCGAUGCUGGUAUUGGGUACAUUUGCAUGACUCAAAUCUUCGUUGCCUUUGCUGGUGGAACCACUGUCAUCUGUGGCGAGCUUGCUAUGAUGGCGCCUUCAGACCACCAGCACAUCGCUGUUAUCCUUGCUAUGUUGAAUCUGUUUGGUAGCAUUGGCAGUGCCAUUGGUUCAACUGUGUCUGCCGCUAUCUGGACUAGUGAAUUCCCAAAGGCGCUGGCCAAGUACGUGCCGGCGGAGGUGAAUGUGGCAAAGGUUUAUUCGGAUAUUACGGCCCAGCUGUCGUAUGAAUGGGGAAGCCCGGCCCGGAAUGCUAUUGCUCGUGCUUAUGGAGAUGCGCAGCAAUACAUGCUGAUUACCAGUGUCUGUAUGCUGGUUGUUGCUUGGGGAUGUUCUGCGAUGUGGAGAGAUAUUAAGAUAAAGGAUCUUAAGCAGGUCAAGGGUCGUGUGAUUUAA